AUGUCGCUCUCUACAUCCGUUAAUAUCCUACAAGACUACCCAUCAGUAUCACAUGUUUUUGCCCCCAACUUUGUUACCGUGAAGCUGAGUGGUAGAGACAAGUAUGGUGUCUGGAAAACACAGAUGCUAUGUCUCUUCGAGAGCCAUGGAAUGCUUGGUUUCAUCAAUAAUGCUGAUAACUUCCCAGCUGCUGAUGAUAAGAAAUUAUGGAGAAGAUCCGAUGCCCUUGUCAAAGGUUGGAUUCUUGGUUCCCUUUCUGAACAAGUACUUGCCCUCUGUGUUCCAGAUUUUCCCUCACCAGAUUUCACUGCAAAACAUGUGUGGGAGAAACUAGCAGCAACGUAUGACCCUCAACCACAUGCAGCAGGUGAUCGUACAGGUGAUGAAGAAAGAAGAAAUCAAGAGACUGAGAUAAAAGAUGAGAAAUUAGCAAACAUUCACCAGCAAUUGUAUCUUGCUGUUGAACAUAAAAGAUUGAAAGAGAUUGAGUCUCUUUUAAAAACAAAACAAGUUAAACUCGCAGACAGAAUCAGCAUCAACGGCAACACUGCACUCCACCUGGCAGUAGCCUGCCAUACUGUCAAGAAUAGGUUUCUAGAUAGAAUGCUGGAUCUGGAACCAGAAAGUAGUACUAGGCUGAUGGAUGUUCGAAAUUCAGAUGGAAGCACACUGCUUCAUCUUGCUGCUUCACUUGGCAAUACUGAUGCUGCUAGAAUCUUGGUGGACAGAAGCCAAGGCUUGUUGUUUGCCAAGGACAACGAAGGUUGCACACCACUUGACAUACUUCCUUGGGGUCCUAAGAAUACCGACACAUAUCUGUAUUUGUUGACCAUGCAUGCACACCCAGAACAAGGUACUGGUUCUGUUCAUAUGAUCAGUGAUGAAAGGCCUUUGGUUAAUGCUAUUUCCUGCAGAGAUUUCGUAUUCUACUACUUCAAAAGGAGAGGGGAAAGUCGAGAGGCUGCUAGAAAACUGUUAGUGAUGGUUUGUGGUUUGAUUAAAGAUUCUUCAAACUGCGAUCAUAAUUACUCCAAACCCAUCUUUGAAGCUGUUAAACGAGAUGCAUGGGAUGUUGUACAACAUAUUGUAUCUUGUUUUCCAAAUACAAUUAGGAGCGUCGAUGAAGAUGGUCACAACAUUGCUCAGGCUGCUUUGAAAAAUCGUUCACUCAAAGUUAUGGCUGUCAUCACUCAUGGUGAUCAAUGGGCUAAACAUACGAAUAUAUCUCAGAUUAAUGUUGAAGGAGACGACCCUUUUGGCAAUAAUUUACUUCAUUUUGCUGCAAGGUUGGCACCUGCCGAUAAACUCAAUCAUAUAUCAGGUGCAGCUUUACAAAUAAGAUUUGAGUUACAAUGGUUUAAGAUAGCAAAGCGUUGGUUGCCUCAAUGCAUCAAGGAAAAAAAUAAAGUUGGAGAAACGCCUGAAAUGGUAUUUACAAGAGAGCAUAAAGAGUUGGAGAUGAAAGGAGAAAAAUGGUUGAAGGAUACUGCAAACUCAGGGCUAGUUACAGCAACACUAUUGACCACAAUAACGUUUGCAGCAGCAAUUACAGUGCCCGGUGGAAAUGAUGAUAAAACGGGAAACCCACAAUUUGCAGGAAGAACUAUAUUCACCUUGUUUGCAGUAUCGAAUGCCUUAUCCAUGUUGACAUCUGCCACCUCCUUGUUAUUGUUCUUGUCCAUCUUCACUUCACCUUUUGGAGAAAAAGAUUUUGCUUUGCAUUUACAUCUAAGGUUGUUAAGUGCUUUUGCCACCUUGUUCAUGUCUGCAACAUUCAUGAUUGCAGCUUUUGGUGCAACUUUGGCACUUAUGUUUGGCCAAACCAACUCUUUGUUCUAUUGGAUAAUUCCAUUGACAUGGCUACCAAUUUCUUGUUUUGGGCUUUACGCAAACAGUCUAGUAGAGUUGCCGCCUAAAUGGGCUAUUCGUCUUCUCCAACGUUUAAGAUUGGUCGAUCGCCUCUUUAUUUAA